UGCCCGUACACAUAAUAUAAUAGGCUGCUUUUGACGUCAGGAGCAUCAAUUAUGCUAAAUUCGGGCACUGGAAUAUUCUAUGUGCCAUUACACACACAACGUCCUGCCUGAAGACCGUUCCGACACGGGGUUACAAUUGAAUGGCAUGUGUGGUUUCUAACCGAUAGUAAGGAAGAAGAUAUGGCUUCAAUCUGCCCAGACUGCAGCUUCAGCUAACCGCUAAAUAGCUAACACUACUGGAACUGUUGACAUCACAUAGUUGCAUAUAUUUUACACGAACACUUGUAUGACUCAACUCAGCGAGGUCAGUGGCGCGUGAAGGAUGGAGACUGUUUACUGUUGACAAGAACUGUAUACCAUACAUAUUGAUUCUUAUCAGAUCUGUACUACUCUUCUCAAUUACAGUAGCGGAGAGCUGCUGUUCUGUGUUUACAUAUAAAAUAUGUAUGUAACCUGUCGUGUGUAGGAAAUACUUUAUAGACCCUCUAAACAGGAAGCAUACCAGAGCUGUGGAACUGGAAGGUACAUCCUUAUAUCGUGAUUAUACCGUUACACUGGUGUCCAGCCAUGAUUCUCCAGUGGUACAGUGUCAUCAGCUAUGUCUUCCUCAUACUGGUGGCAUUCAUACAGAUGGUCAGUCUAGCAAUUCUGUGCAGAUGUUCCAGGCGUUUAUUUGGAUUUCGGUAUCAACAGAUGAAAAUUAUUUUCGUUUGGACAUUACUGCAAUACUUAUUCCGUCUCGUUUUUGAAAUUUGCUACCAUUUCCCAAUGGAGGAUCAGAACGUCCUGUGUUGGACCCUGCGCCUGUGUAUUGAGGUGACAACCUGUUUAGCCUGGAUCAAGGUGGCCAUCAUCGCAGGAUAUUACUACACAGUGCUCAAGACCAAGUCUGAUGGUAUGGGAGGAAGAUGUAAUGGUUGUUUGUGCUUGACCAACUGGUGUGCUCCCGUCUUGCCCAUUCUGUUUUAUUCAGUAUCCUUUUAUUCUACAGACUUCUACCAAACUGACGAGUGUUGGCGCGGUGGUACCGCACACAUCCUCAAUAUUUUUGAAUUUGUGGAUCAUGCGUUCCUUCUCAUGGGAACGUUAUUUUUUCUCGGAGCUAACUAUUUCUACAUUUGGUGGGAACGACCGGAGACACUGCUUGUUCUGUCGGGGCAUGUUCCUAACAUUAAAGAGAAGAAUAACCUUGUGAGUGUAUUUAUCAUUGUCGCACUUCUGGCGGAAAUUCCCAUUUCAGUACGUGCAUUUGAUUCCCAAACACAUGAUGUGUUGGUGGUAGCAUCGUGGGGUGUGAUUGGUCUGGCUGCAUCCUUGUGUUUCUGUUUCCUCGACUCCGAGAUCCAGAGAGCCUUUUUUGCCAAAGGUGAUGGCAGUUUAGCAAGUUCAGCUGGCUCCCAGGGCUCCGACAUUAAUCUCACACAGGACGACGUCCUUGCCAACACGAAACCAUCACCCAUUGAAUUUCCAGGGAAGUCCAGACGGGAUCCAGAUUAUUCCGGGGCAGGAACAUUAUCUCUUCGGUCCUGGAGUUCUGAUGAGGAAUCCUAUGAUAAAAGUAUCUAGUGAUUUGACGUGUCACCAAAGGCUCGGCGAGUCUGAAGUAUGUUAACUCAUUCACCCCUGAAGACACAUUUGAACUCUUCCAAUUCAAAAGUUGGAUUAGUUCAUUAUAAAAUUUCGGGGUUGAAUGUGUUAGGUUAGGUUAGGAACCAUCACAUUUCAAGGCAUUAUGUGUGGAAACAGAUUCCAGAAAUUCAACAACUAAAACUGCUUCGCAGGGGUUUCAUAUCCUGUGUUCAUGUUUCUUUGUUAUACCGGUACUAAUGGCUGACACAUGGGAGUAAUAUCAAGUUGUCGUGUGUUUGAACAGUAGGAAACAAAAAAUGAUGCUCAGGUUUCAGUCACAAAGACAAAGUCAAACAGACAGUCUUAUUAUUCCUGUAGAGAAUUAUGUUUGUAUAUUCAGAUUUUGAUUAUCACAAUUUAUUGGAAGCGCAAUUUGUUUAUCAUACAAAUUUAAAGUUGCAAGUAAUGUGACUCUUAUUUUUUGUGUAAAUCCCUUUUUAAAAUUGUUGUAUAAAACAUUUUCACAAAAAUUAUAUUCUCACAGGGAACUUAUAUAAACACUAGUGGUACAUGAAUUCACGAUUGACUCUAAUGCAAGUAUAUCUAUCCUGGGAAAUGUUAUUAAUAGUGUAUAAGACAUCGGUGAACAUACCAACGAAUGAGUGUUAAUGUCAUGUAAAUUUUGAAUUAUCCGACUACUAUAUUCCAGGAAACCCAGUCCAAAUAUUCACUCUUUGCUGAUAAAGUCCAUGUUUGCCUAGUGUUAAUGUGGCCCUUCACUUGUUAUUCCUAUAUAUUGUAUGUUGUCUCUUGCAAAGGAAUGAACAUCAGAACUUUGUUAGUCAAGACACCUAUUUUUGCGUACCGUAGAAGGUAGUUUUCCCAGACACAUUGGUUUCUGUGUACAGUGGACCCUUUCAAGCCCAGACACUUACAUAGUUAAGUACAGUAAAGCCUUGUUAGUCCAGACACUUACAUAGGUAUGUACAGUAGAGCCUUGUUAGUCCAGACACUUACGUAGGUAUGUACAGUAGAGCCUUGUUAGUCCAGACACUUACAUAGGUAUGUACAGUAGAGCCUUGUUAGUCCAGACACUUACAUAGGUAUGUACAGUAGAGCCUUGUUAGUCCAGACACUUACAUAGGUAUGUACAGUAGAGCCUUGUUAGUCCAGACACUUACAUAGGUAUGUACAGUAGAGCCUUGUUAGUCCAGACACUUACAUAGGUAUGUACAGUAGAGCCUUGUUAGUCCAGACACUUACAUAGGUAUGUACAGCAGUGGCUUGUUAGUCUAGACACUUACAUAGGUAUGUACAGCAGUGGCUUGUUAGUCCAGACACUUACAUAGGUAUGUACAGUAGAGCCUGGUUAGUCCAGACACUUACAUAGGUAUGUACAGUAGAGCCUUGUUAGUCCAGACACUUACGUAGGUAUGUACAGUAGAGCCUUGUUAGUCCAGACACUUACAUAGGUAUGUACAGUAGAGCCUUGUUAGUCCAGACACUUACAUAGGUAUGUACAGUAAAGCCUUGUUAGUCCAGACACUUACGUAGGUAUGUACAGUAGAGCCUUGUUAGUCCAGACACUUACAUAGGUAUGUACAGUAGAGCCUUGUUAGUCCAGACACUUACAUAGGUAUGUACAGUAAAGCCUUGUUAGUCCAGACACUUACGUAGGUAUGUACAGUAGAGCCUUGUUAGUCCAGACACUUACAUAGGUAUGUACAGUAGAGCCUUGUUAGUCCAGACACUUACAUAGGUAUGUACAGUAAAGCCUUGUUAGUCCAGACACUUACGUAGGUAUGUACAGUAGAGCCUUGUUAGUCCAGACACUUACAUAGGUAUGUACAGUAGAGCCUUGUUAGUCCAGACACUUACAUAGGUAUGUACAGUAAAGCCUUGUUAGUCCAGACACUUACGUAGGUAUGUACAGUAGAGCCUUGUUAGUCCAGACACUUACAUAGGUAUGUACAGUAAAGCCUUGUUAGUCCAGACACUUACGUAGGUAUGUACAGUAGAGCCUUGUUAGUCCAGACACUUACAUAGGUAUGUACAGUAGAGCCUUGUUAGUCCAGACACUUACAUAGGUAUGUACAGUAAAGCCUUGUUAGUCCAGACACUUACAUAGGUAUGUACAGUAGAGCCUUGUUAGUCCAGACACUUACAUAGGUAUGUACAGUAAAGCCUUGUUAGUCCAGACACUUACAUAGUUAUGUACAGUAGAGCCUGGUUAGUCCAGACACUUACAUAGGUAUGUACAGUAAAGCCUUGUUAGUCCAGACACUUGCGUAGGUAUGUACAGUAGAGCCUUGUUAGUCCAGACACUUACAUAGGUAUGUACAGUAAAGCAUUGUUAGUACAGACACUUUGCAUGGGUAUGUACAGUAGAGCCUUGUUAGUCCUGACACUUACAUAGGUAUGUACAGUGGAACCUCUAUAGUCCAGACACUGGUUUUGUGUACAGUGGAACCCUUUUAGUUCAGACACUCUGGUUUUGUGUACAGUGGAACUUCUUUAGACCAAACACAUUUUCAUUCUUUAAUAUAACAUUAUUUUUAAGAUCAAAUUCAGAAAAAGCACUUUGUUAUUUGGAAGGUUUUCUGAAUGUUAUGUAUGAAUGUAGUUGUAAAGGUUUCACAGAUAUUGUUUAUCAUAACCAAUGUUUUGUGACCAUUGCAACAUUACGUAAUCAAGAAAAACAGUCAUCAAUAACAUGAUAAAAUAUUUUAAUGUUUAAAAUGCUUGCUCAAGUUUGUUACUCAAGAUUAUACGUAAUAAUUAUAUAUGCAAUAAUAAGCUUGAGAAGUAAUGGUUAUGCCUGAAAUGUACAAUUUUGUAACUAUAAUAUGCUAUAAUCGUGUUGUAUUAUAAUCAGAGAGGAGAGAGUUACAACACUAUGAAUGAAUGACAAUGUCGGUAUGCAAGUUAUUCCGGUCCACAUUCCAUUCUGUAGUAGGACAACACUUCCCUGGGGAUUGUUAACAGCACAUCAUUAUACAUACCAGUGUAUACAAAGUUCUAAUUGUGAAUGAUUGGACUUCCAUACAUGAAUAGUUUCAUUCCUGAAUUAUCUCCCUUUAACAAAUUUUCUACAGUCUCUGUAAGAAAAUUCUUUUCACCAUGUUGGUCUUUAUUGAGUUUGUUAAAUAUUGCUGAACAUGAUUUUAUCAUACGCCUGUUGCAAUUGGGUGAAUAUUGUAUGAUACGAAUGUUAAACAAGACUUGUGUAUUAUCAGCUUGAGCUUGUAACAAGCAAUCAUGUGUGGAGUGGUUAUACUUAAAAAUUAACUUAAUUUGAUGGUUAA